CAUGACGUCUAUGAAUAAAUUUAGCGACAACUUUCUAAAUAGCUUGGCCGAACAAUACAAUUCUACUGCUCAAAUAGUGGAAGAUAACUUUGUACUUGUACAUAUCUACUUCUCCGCUAUGAUACGAUCAGACACGAUUGAAAAAGCAGCUUACAACUGGCUCGCUCUUCUUUCGGAUGUUGGUGGAGCUUUUGGAUUAGCUUUAGGAGCUACAAUUUUAACAAUUUUCGAGCUAAUUGACGGUCUGGUCAUAAUCCUCAUACGUUACUGCGAUAAUUUUAAAAGAAAGGGCAAAGUUGAAAUAGUUCACCACCAUUAG